UCUCUCUCUCUGUCUUGUUUCAGUGGAGCUCCAGAUCUGCACCAUGGUCGUUCAGACCCUCGGGUGAUGGCCAAACUUGAACUCAUUUAUUAAGGACCUCACAUCUGUAGCAACGUAAGCUACAUUACUACUCGGGUUACACUCCUCCAUCAGAUGGCGUUUUGCCUGGCUGAGCUGCACUUGUGGUCCACCAAGAGCUCACUCCAAGUCAAAGAUACAGAUAUUGGCACCUAUCAGUACUACGAUAAAGGAGAGCCAGCUAAUCCCCUGGAGCAUCACUACUACAAUGAGAAACUCCAUUUCUGUGAAGCUCGAGGCUAUUCGUGGACCCCCAGUAACCGCCGACCGGAGAAGCUACGCGAUUCGCUGAAGGAGUUCGAGGAACUGUUGCAGACCAACACCUGCGUUCACACCAGAUGGAGGAACAAGCACUGCUGCCAGCCUCUGAAGGUGCUGGGCUCUCUCCAGUCAGAAGGAAACCCUCUGGACUGCCGCUUCAGCCUCCUCCAGCCCUACCAGCUGCUCACAGUGGAGCUUCCAGGAACCAGAGAGGGUUUCUGGGCCGACAGCUGCGUGUACGAGUGCUCUCGAGGCCGCCUGCACCGCCUGUCUUCCACCCGCAUCCCGCUAACAUCGCGCCCUGUCUCCUGCUCACGACACCCCUCUGAGAGAUCUCUUCUCCUGGGUCUCAGUGACUCCUCCUUGGUGCUGUUUGACCAGCGACGGGGGGUCUCUCUCCUGGCCUCCUGCCCCGUACCCCCCACCCUCCUCGCCUGGCACCCUGCUGGGGCCGUGGUGGUGGUGGGGGGAGAGCAGGGGGAGCUGAUGUGCUUUGAUGUGGGCUUGGCACCUGUAAGGAUGGCGCUGGUAGCGGAGGAUGAGGCUCCAGCGGAAACGCUAAGACUCGCCGACCACCUGCGGAGCGGCGGAGGACUGGAGGGGCUGCGGUGGGCUGCGGGCCUGGAGGCAGAUGUGCUGAUGUUGGCCUUUCACGGGGGACCAUUGGCUGCCCUGAGAUUCAGACUCGGAGCCCUGACUGGAGGCCUGGUGGGCCUCGGGGAGAUGCUGCAGCAGCGGCUGCGCUGUGGGCAGGUCAGAGAGGCGCUGGGUGUCCUGGAGGCCAUGGACUGGAGCAUCAUGGGAGACGAGUGCCAUCGAGGGCUGAGCUCCAUCACCAACCACCUGCUGAGGCUGGAGCUGAACGCAGAGAGAGAGGCGCUGCUAGAGGCCGCUCUCGGGGUGUUUUACGCCCCCCCCGCCCCUCUCUCAGACGUGGUGAUACUGGAGUUCAGGGAGCCCAUCAGCAAGUGUGCCCGCCGCUUUUUUCACCACCUUCUCAGGGACCUCCAUUAUGUUGCCAGCGAUAAAGGCGAGGUGGUGCUCGCGGAUGUGGCCAAGAGGAAAGCUAAUGAAAUCGAGAGCGCAGCGGGCAACGAAGACCCUCAGAGAGUUGGAGAUGAUGUGAUGCGUGUCUCCAGACAGACGGAGAGAAACCAGACGGCAGCAGGACCUUCGUACCCGAAUACUCCGACAACACAGGUUGAUGGCAGAGCCAAUCAGAGGAGACUUCAGGCCGAGAGCAUACGUGUGACCGUGAGCCCUCUGAGACAAACAGGAAGCAGUGAAGGCGACAGCAGGAAUGACGAUGAAGACCUCGGGAUGCUUCAUGUGGUCCAUUUAGGAAUGGUUUGAAAGAACAUCAGAGAAACGAUAAGAGACACAACAACAUUUCACCAAUCACAGACUCACUUUCUAUCCAUAUGUUGGUAUGCCAAGUAUUACCUGGAGAAGAGCUCAACUCAUAUCUGAUACAAGUGACAUAAUACAUGUUUGUAUCACCACUUUUGUUGGUGAGUUGUACAUUUUAUAUAGCUUUAUCCUGUCAUAUUCUACCUGUGAAAUGUUGAUGUGGAUUCAGGGUAUUUCUGUCUUAGUGAAGUCUAAACCAAACGAGCCUCAAAAGAAAACAUCAACACCGGGUUCUGCUUUUAAAACCGCGACUGAAAGUGUUUUAAAGCUUUCCAUUAAUCAUCCUGAAAAAAUAAAGACUUGUAUUAUAUUUCCAUCACCACUGAUAUUGAAUGUUCCAGGCUUCGUCUUUGUGUGUGUGUGUGUGU